GUUUGUCAAGUCGCCCAUGUCAGAGACUAAGCUCACGGGGGACGCCUUUGAGCUGUACUGUGAUGUGGUCGGGAACCCCACGCCAGAGAUCCAGUGGUGGUACGCAGAAGUCAACCGGGCAGAGUCUUUCAGACAGCUGUGGGACGGUGCCCGGAAGCGCCGUGUCACCGUAAACACCGCCUACGGGUCAAACGGCGUGAGUGUGCUGAGAGUAACCCGGCUCACCUUGGAGGACUCUGGGACUUACGAGUGCAGGGCCAGCAACGACCCCAAGAGGAAUGACUUGAGGCAAAACCCCUCCAUAACCUGGAUUCGAGCCCAGGCCACCAUAAGCGUCCUUCAGAAGCCGAGGAUUGUCACCAGCGAAGAGGUCAUUAUUCGAGAUGGCUCUGGUCUCCCUGUCACCCUGCAGUGUAACCUUACCUCCAGCUCUCACACCCUCACGUUCAGCUACUGGACCAAGAACGGUGUAGAACUGUCUGCCACUCGGAAGAAUGCCAGCAACAUGGAGUACAGGAUCAGUAAACCCAGAGCUGAGGACUCAGGCGAGUACCACUGUGUAUACCACUUUGUCAGCGCUCCCAAAGCAAACGCCACCAUCGAAGUCAAAGCUGCUCCUGACAUCACUGGCCAUAAGCGGAGUGAGAACAAGAAUGAAGGGCAGGACGCCAUGAUGUACUGCAAGUCUGUGGGCUACCCCCACCCGGAGUGGGUCUGGCACAAGAAGCAGAACGGCGUGCCCAUGGAGAUCGCCAACACCUCUGGCCGCUUCUUUGUCAUCAACAAGGAGAACUACACCGAGCUGAACAUCUUGAACCUCCAGAUCACGGAGGACCCUGGCGAGUACGAAUGCAACGCUACCAACCCCAUCGGCACCGCCGCCAAGGUCACCGUCCUGCGGGUGCGCAGCCACCUGGCCCCGCUCUGGCCUUUCCUAGGGAUCCUGGCUGAGAUUGUCAUCCUCGUGGUGAUCAUUGUCGUGUAUGAGAAGAGGAAGAGGCCAGACGAAGUCCCCGACGAUGACGAACCAGCUGGACCAAUGAAAACCAACUCUACCAACAAUCACAAAGAUAAAAACUUGCGCCAGAGAAACACAAAUUAAGCACUGCUUAUACGAUCUUUAGGUUCCUGAAACUGGCGGCAACAUGACCUGCUAAAUUUUCUGCUUGGACCUCUUUGGUUCUCUCCCCUUUCGAGUGAGCAACACCACACGACUGUCUAAAGCAUGCCUUAUGUAGCCUUUCCUGUAAGGGUGACCUAGCCAGGUACAUUUUAAACAAUGCUUCAGCGUAGAAGGUGUAAACUAUUUUGGGCUUGAUGUGCUGUGAAUGUUGCUUUUCUUCCUUUGUUAAAAUAUUUAAAUAGAAGUUAAAAAGGUCCUCUGAGAUCAGAUCAUGCAUGCGCCAUUUUUUACUUAAUGCAGCUGUUAAACUGGCAAAGCUCUAAAACGCACUGCUGCCAUCUAGUGAUACAUUUUUGUAAAGUACAACGAAACCUACAGAUACAUA